GGGCUUAGACUCUCGUCGAGCCUGAAAGCCUCGCGAGGCUGGUGGGUCGGCUUUCUGCCUGAGAGCGUCUCCAAGGCCGGUCCGAGGGAUCCGCCACCCGGGCUAGGGGCGGGGCUGAGGAAUGGUGUCCGGAGCGGCUCGCCGGCUGGCCUUGGCCACCGUCCGGUCCGGGGCCCUCGGGAGCGGGCCGCACUUGCGGAAAGGUGGCGAUGUCUCUGCCGUGCGGGGCGCCUCAGGUCGGAGCCUGGUACCGUCGAGGUCAGUCAUCGUUACCCGCAGCGGCGCCAUUUUGCCCAAACCCGUGAAAAUGUCUUUCGGCCUUCUCCGUGUGUUUUCCAUUGUGAUCCCCUUCCUCUAUGUUGGGACGCUCAUUAGUAAGAACUUUGCAGCUUUGCUUGAAGAGCACGACAUUUUUGUCCCAGAGGAUGAUGACGAUGAUGACUAACAGGGCAUGGAGGAAGUGCAGAAAGGAGAAAGCUCUAACUUAAUUAAGAAGUGGUGAUGCUCUCAGCCCCUCCUCCUUUUCUGUCAGCAGAAGGGCCCAGGGAAAGCCCCUUGGCCUUCAAACUCCACUGAAGCUUCCUGUAUGGUGGUGACCACAGCCCAGAUCCCCAAGCUCUGGGAAGUUCCCUGCAGAUGCUGUCUACUGAGCACUAGGAAAACAAGCAAUCAAAUUAUGAUUAAAAAUAAUAAAAACCAGCCCUGUAUGACUGAAUGGCAGGUGCUAGAGUAUUUCUGUGGCUGAAGUUCCUAAAAAUGCAGUUUCUUGUCUGCUGGACUUUUUCUGUUAGCUGAACAUAUAGGCCACUGAUCUGCAACCCAGGAUCUCCAAGUCCUGGUAGAACCACAAAGGUAAUUAUGCGAGCCAGGGACCUAGUUUUAGUAUUUACAGAAGACCAACAGAAACUGUCUAUUUUCCCUCAAUAAAGCUGCACAGGAUAACUAAAGCCUGAAGCUUUUUGUGCAUUUAGUAACACUUUGUAGUUAAUACAUGCCAAGCAUAAGGAGCUUUGUUAAAUUAAAAACAAUUUAAGAAA